GCAUGGACGACAGUUUGAGCGUGCCUGGCGAGGUUCCAAAUAACUUGUGUAAAUUAUGACACACUGCUGCAACACCGCUUGAAACUCCUGUCCUGAACCACAACUGCCUCCCUGUAACCCAAACAACUGCUGGACUGUGUGUGUGUGUGUGUGUGUGAGAGGAAACCAGAGGUGAAGUAAGAGUGAGACUUACACCGUUGACCGUUGGAAGUGACAGCAGAGGAAACUUUUGAAGUGAGAGAAGAGCCUGAAUCCAGAGAGAAGAGAGGGGACGAGACUCAGCCGACUCUCUGAAGCAGAGGAAAGUUUGGAAGUGAGAGAAGAGCCUGAAUCCAGAGAGAAGAGAGGGGACGAGACUCAGCCGACUCUCUGAAGAUGGAGGUGUACACCGUUACCGUGGCCACCGGGACGUCACAGUAUGCAGGAACCAACAACUACGUCUUCAUGACGCUGGUGGGAGAGGACGGCGAGAGCGAGAGGACCCUGCUGGACAACCCCGGGCUGGACUUCUGUCGAGGGGCGGUGGAUCGGUACCAGGUGAGCAGCCCGGCCCCUCUGGGCCCGCUGCUCCUGGUCCGGCUGGAGAAGCAGCGGUUCUGGGUGGAGGACAACUGGUUCUGUCGCUACGUGACGGUGAAGCUUCCCACCCAAGAGGAGGAGCUGGUGUUCCCGUGCUACCGCUGGCUGAUCGGAGACGUUCAGCUGGAGAUACGAGAGGGAACAGCUAAAACCCUGAUGGACGAGUCGAUACCUGCUCUACUGACCCACCGGAAGGAGGAGCUGCAGGAGAGACAGCGGCUCUACAGAUGGUUAACGUGGGCUGAAGGAAUUCCCCGAUGCAUCGACGCCAAAACAGAAGCUGAUUUACCUCAAGAUGUUCGAUUCGACAAUGAGAAGAGGAGCGACUUCGAGCACUCCCUGCAGUACGCCUUGCUGGAGCUGUCGCUCAAGAAGCUGGCGAUCCGUUUCGGGAAGUCCUGGGACGAUCUGGACGAUUUCAAACGGAUCUUCUGGAGCCUGCGAAGCCCCAUCGCUGAGUACUGCAUGAAUCACUGGAGGGAGGACUGGUUCUUCGGCUACCAGUGUCUGAAUGGAUCCAACCCCAGGAUGAUCCAGAAGUGCAGCAAGAUUCCGGAGAACCUCCUCGUCACAGCAGACAUGGUGCAAAGCUCCAUGUCUGGAAGAAGUACCCUGGACAAAGAGAUGAAGGCGGGGAACAUUUUCCUGUUAGAUUACGCCAUCAUGGACGGCGUUCCCACCAACACCAUCAAGGGUAUACCUCAGUACAUCGCUGCUCCGCUCUGCCUCCUGUACCAACACCCCGAUGAGGGGCUCAUACCCAUCGCCAUCCAGCUGGAUCAGACCCCGGGUCCGGAUGCCCUGGUCUUCCUGCCCUCUGACCCCCCGCUGGCCUGGAUGCUGGCUAAAAUGUGGGUGCGUCACGCCGAGUUCCAGGUGUUCCAGGUGUUGUCCCACCUGCUCAGGACUCACCUGGUGGUGGAGGUGUUCUGCGUGGCCACGCUGAGGCAGCUGCCAGCCGUGCACCCUGUUUAUAAGCUGCUGGCUCCUCACCUGCGCUACACUCUGGAGAUCAACUCCAGGGGGCGCUCUCAGCUCAUCUCCGCCGACGGCAUCUUCAAGCAGGUGGCGUCCAUAGGGGGGGACGGCUUGUUGGUCCUGGCCCAGAGGGAGUACAGAGUCCUGACCUACCGCUCCCUGCAGCCCCCGCUGGACUUCCUGGACCGAGGAGUCACCCGCCUCCCAGACUACCACUACCGGGAGCACAGCCUGCUGCUGUGGGACGCCAUACACAGCUUUGUGACCAGCAUGCUCGGCCUGUACUACUCCUCCGACCUGGAGGUGCAGGCGGACCUGGAGCUUCAGGCCUGGAUCACAGACGUCUCCCAGGAGGGAUUCACAGACCUGCCCAACUUCGGUCUGAGCAGUAAACUGAGCAGCAGAGACGAGCUCAGCACUCUGCUGACGGUGGUCAUCUUCCACAGUACAGUACAGCAUGCUGCCACCAACAACGGACAGGUGGACACACACACACACACACACACACACACACACACACACACACGCACAGGUCAGACAGCUGCAGCCCUCCUCUGCGUUUCAGUUCGACUGGUGUGCCUGGGUACCCAACACCCCCUGCACCAUGAGGCAGCCGCCGCCGGCAGACAAGGAUGCGGUUACCAUGGAGACGAUCAUGGCCACCCUGCCGGACGUCAGCCAGUCCUGCGUUCAGAUGGCGAUCACGUGGCAUCUGGGACGAAGACAGCCGGACGCCAUUCCGUUGGGCCAGUCCAGCGAGGAGCACUUCAGCGAGCCGAGGGCCCGGCGGCUGAUCGACGGCUUCAGGGACGAGCUGAGGCGGAUCGAGGAGCACAUCCAGCAGCAGAACCAGGGCCUGGAGCUGCAGUACCUGUUCCUGCUGCCCAGCCGCAUCGAGAACAGCAUCACCAUUUAGAGCUUCGUUAGCAGGCUAGCGCUAGCCUGAGGCGCACACUUGGCUUUUGAACUUACAU